AUGUCGUACCAAACCCUCCGCACCCAAUACGCAACCCUCCUAAAACAAUUCCUAAAAUCCACCAAAGAAUUCGACGUCCUAACAACCAUCCCCCCAGACCACUCCGCAUCAGAGACCCUCUAUGUCUUAGAUUCGAGCUUCAAUCCCCCCACCCUCGCCCACCUCCGCAUAGCCAGCACCGCCCUACAAGCAAACCCCAAGCCCCGUCCCCGUCUACUCCUCCUCCUGGCAACGCAAAAUGCAGAUAAACCCUCCAAACCAGCCUCCUUCGAGGACCGGCUGGCAAUGAUGGAGCUAUUCGCCCGCGAUCUGCGGGCACACCUUGCGAGAACACCCGCCUUCGCGGACACCGCCGCCUCCUCGGAGUUCGAGCUGCCGGUCGAGUCUCUGCCCUUGAUUGAUAUUGGCGUGACUAAGAAACCGUAUUUCGUGGAUAAGGCGGCGGCUAUUGAGGGCUCGGAUCGGUAUCCUGUUGCGUUGGAGCAGGUUCAUCUUACAGGGUUUGAUACGCUGGUGCGUAUCUUUGAUGUUAAGUAUUAUCCGCCGCAUCAUACGCUCGGUCCGCUUGUGCCGUUUUUGGAGAAGCAUCGGUUGAGGGUUACUAUGCGGCCUGGGGAUGCGUGGGGUGAGAGGGAGGAGCAGCUUGCUUUUUUGGAUGCUCUUACUCGAGGGGAUCGGGAUGCUGAAGGCGGGCGGAGGGAAUGGGCGCAGCGCAUUCAGUUGGUGGAGGGGAGAAAACCAACAGAGCCGCUUGUCAGUUCUACUCGAGCUCGCGAAGCUCUGCACUCUGCUCCGCGGGACUUGGACUGGCUGGUACCAGAUCUGGUCAGGCAGUAUAUCCUCUCUGAAGAUGCCUAUCCCAGAAGUGAAGGUGGGACUGCCAAAGUGUAG